CGAUUGCAAAAAUGGCGGCGCGCAUGUGGUUUGUGUGCCGUGCAGCGAGAGCGGCGGCGUUUUUUCCGAAUUUCGUCGCAAAUACCCCCUCACUCUCCGCCCGAAGUUACAAGAGCGCAGUGAGCUUGGACAAAAUCUACCCGGACAGCGACCUAAACCACGUCAAGCCCGUCGAGGCCCCGCAGAGCACCAACGAAGUCUUCAGUGGCUACAUACCCAUGAACCGUGUGGAAGUGCGUGAGAUCAACCCCGAUAAUCCUUUCAGGGUGGAACUGCGGGUGCACCUGGAUUCUGCCGAGUGGAUACCUCAGUCGGGAAAGGACAGGCUGAAGAAACUGGCCAAGGUCUACAUCGACGCCGACGGCAAGUUGGUCGUGUCUUCGGAUAAGACAAAAAAGAAACUCGUGAACGUCGCCGACUGCGUGGACAAGUUGAGGAUUAUGGUUCGCGAAGCCUGCAAGCCUCCCCCGGAGAACAUUCCAGAGACCAGGUUCACGCUGAGGGCGAAAGCAGAACGGACGGCCGCCAAGAGGUUACUCGUCCGAAAAGACGCCGUCAAGCUCACAUCGUGAUACAUGGUCCAGACUUUCGUGUUGCCGUAAAUUAGGUGUAGACGGACGAUGUGCUUCGCAGAUUCUUGGUCUCUUUGCUUUACGCUCUAAAUAAACGCAGAGUUAUCGCUGCAUCA